GCCAUGCCGCGCCGCGCUGUCGUCGCGCUUGCGCUCUUCGCAACCACUCUUACUGGCUUCCUCCCUGUUCGCUCCGAGAGAAGUAGCUCUGAACGCACCCCCCUCGACGCGGCAGAGCUCCUCAGAGACGCACCCCUCUACCCUCCUCUACGUGACACCCCUGGAACUCUUGUUGACAACCCUGAAACUUUCAACGAAGGAAACAACGACAAAACAAGCAAUUUAAGCCCUCCAAACCCUAAUUCCAAAGACUUCCAGCCAUUCUUCGAUACGAACGAUUUCGAUGAAGAUUCAAUUGAUAAUACAGAUGUAAACGAAGUCACUGGUGUCAAUUAUGAUGAAACUGAAACCAGUAUUGAAGAUAGUAGUAUACUAGUUACUCCAGAUGAAACUGUUCUUGAAAACCUAAACGAUUCCAAAGAUAAAACCCUAGAAUCUGACCCUAGUUUGAGUAAAAAUAAACUCCCUGGAGCAGAAACAUUAGACGACGCUAGUAUCAAAAUAAUAGAUUUUAAUAAAGACAAUAUAUUUGAAACGGAUGUAAUAAGUAAAAGCAAUAUCACCCCAGAUGAUUACAACGAUUUACAAAAUGUUCCUCAAGUUUUAGAAUCUAGUCAAACGGAACAAAAUGAAGAAUCUGUAGGCAGUGAAACUACUAAUGGAAUAUUGGAAAAUGAAGAUUUUAAUUCAGAAAGUGCUUUUAUAGUCGCUCCAGGGUCGAAUGUGGAUGAAUUGAACAGAAUUUUGAUGGCUGAAGAAGCAAGAGUGGAAUUCGAGAAUAAUAAGUUUUCUGAUAAAUCUAAUAAAGAUAAGCUAGCUAAAUCAUCUGUGAAUGAAGAUUAUUCAAGCGAGGCACAUGUUACUGAAGAUAGUUUUGAUCGAAAGAAAAGGAGCAGUACGGAUUGGGAGAAAUCUUCGAAGUCACGUCGAGUCAAAACCGGCGAUACAAUCCUGAACAUCCGUGGAGCGGUGCGUGAUGCCAUCGGCGAUGCUGGGGCAGCCCCUGGCAUGAGGGCAUCGUCCAGGGUCGACGCUUUCGUCAUCAGACCAGCUCCUGUCAUGAGGGACGAGCCUAGAGAGCAGAUGAGGGAAUCUCGGAGGGACAGAGUGCCUGCUCCACCCCCUCAGCCUCAGAAACUGGAGAAGGAGCUGCUGGUUGAGCCGCAUGCGCGUGCGCGCAUCGUGUGCGACCUGCUCAAUGUCACCAACCUGCGCUGGUACAAGGACAGUGAGCAAGUCAACCUCCCCUCGUCUCCGGGUGGAGGGGAGUCAGCCUGGCGGGAGGGGGAUGCGGUGGAGAUACCCCGAGCGUCACGUGGGCACGCCGCGAGGUGGCGCUGCGCCGGCCGCGACCGCUCUGGCCGCACUGUCACCGGUGAACCCACGCGCCUGCUUAUAUACGAACCGGUGCGUUCGGUGUAUUUGGCGGUGGAUGGAAGACGCCUCGAUGCCGGUAACACGUGGGUUCCAGUCAGAGACAAGACCGUCCUUGAAGUGCGAUGCGUUGCAGAGGGUGGUGUACCACCCCCGGAACUGUCAUGGCAGCUGCUGGCUUUGGAGCCUGCGCUGGACCACAGACCGUAUCUGCGUAUUCAUCACACGAAUUAUUCUAUUGAGGGAAUGUGGUGGUCGCGAGUGGUGGUGACGGCGGCGCGCGAGCUGCACAACGCAACGCUACAGUGCGCGGCGCGACAGAGGAGGCCCGACGCACCCCCCGCGCCGCACCCCGCACCCCCGCCCGACGCGCUCACUGCCAAACUAGAGAUACACGUCACUUAUCCGCCAUCUUUCGUGAUCUCCCGCUGGCCAGGGUUCGGAGUGUCUCUGUCGGCGGGAGGGGCGGCCGCGUUGCGCUGCGACGUGGACGCCAACCCGCCUGCACGCGCUACCUGGAUGCGCGACACUGACCGACCUUCCAGUUCCCCAACCCCUCUAGAGGCGGGUGCAGAAGACGGGGCAACCCUGGGCUCAGCCACUCUGCGCUGGGCGCGGCUGAGGGAGUCGCACGGUGGCUGGUACAGAUGCAGAGCGCGCUGGAUGGACAUCGAGUACUCUUCCAUUGGAUACUACCUCAAUGUGCUGUCAUCCGAUGAAAAUCCACAAACGGCAACGGAACCUGAUGGAAAAGAGGAAGAGCCUGAUCAUCAGAAAGUAGAAGUGCCACUCGGGGGAAAUGUGCAGCUUCACUGCCCUAAAGGUAGCGUGGGGUGCUGGUGGCGUCGCGUGGUGGGCAACGCCACGGACGCGUGGGCACCCGCUGGCUCGCACCACGCGCACGGCGUGCUUGGUAUAAAAGAAGCCUUGUACGAGGAAGGGGGCGAGUAUCGCUGCGUGGGCGCUCGAGCGCCUGACCUCAAGCGACUACGGGAGCUCAAACGAGUCACUCUGAGGGUCACAGGUGGUGCAACAGCAACGGCCGUAAGUGCAGAUCCCACGCCCAAUGGCUGGCGGCUCGAAUGCGGCGCAUGCGGCCGAAACCUGCGUGUUCUCUGGCUGCGCGGGGGACGCUCUACCCCCGCCAUAUUAACGCCAGACCUGGCACAACAUUGCUGGAAGGCGAUACUGCUGGUGCCAGAACCUGAUGAGGUUUGGUGUGUAGCCGUAUCCUCAAACGGAGGUGCUGUGGCGGUUUUUCCGCGUCGCAACGUACAAGCCUCUCCCUCACCCGCGAGGCACGCAGUACGAGCUCUACAGGCCGGUACGAACAAGCCACGCGUUGCACAUGUGACGGUAUUUAUUGCUGUUGCAACAUUAUUGACUUUGGUUUAAAAUUUAAAUGUUUUCAUACAAUUUUGAACCUUGUUCAUAUUGGGGUAAGGUUGGUUUUCUGCUGCGAGUGGUUGUCCAAAAUUUGAUGGAGUUGAGUCGUUAUUGGCUUUGGUUUAAAUG